CACCCAUUGGAGGAAAUGAAGACCAAACGGCGCAUGCGUAUAGUGUCGUUCCGCUCCCUCCAGGAGGAACGAAAGAGCACAGGUACCCCCUGCCUUGAACAGAGGAAAAGAUAUACGCAUGCGCAAAAGCCCUCGCAGUACCUGCUGGCAGCACGAAACCGGCACGCGCAGCAGUUGCAUUGCUGGAAGGUUAAUUUUAUACGUGCAAUUUUUUUCUUUCGUGCAGUUCUUCCAUCGUUCGCCGUUUGCAGCUAUGGCCCAGAAAUGCUGGACUCCAUUCCCAUAACAAGGUGGGAUUGUGUCCAUCUACAGCAUGUGCAGAAGACUAGCCAGCAGGAAUCUUUACAGGACCUCUGAUAGUCUGAGAAUGAACAAGCAGAAGAUGAUCUACGUCGAGCAAAUUACAAACCUCGACCAGUUCAGCCCUGAUAUUGUCGUCGAAACGUCAAAGCUCUUUGAGAAGAAGUUCCUGUACAACAAACCCCCCAACAAUGAGUGGCAGCUGCCGGAUCCCAACCAGGCUUUCACCACUGGUCACAAGGAGUUCGGUUCCCUCGUUGCCCUGAAGGAGUCCAUGAACGAAGUCAAGAAUCGGCUGAGUGACAAGAAGCUGGACCAAUGGCAUCAGCACACUUCCUUCACCAACAAAGCGGGCAAGAUAAUUGCCUAUAUCAAGAAGUCCGCAAAUGCUGAGUUGUGCACCCAAGCUUGGUGCAAGUUCCACGAGAUGCUGGGCAGCUUUCCCCUGCUCCCGAGUGACGCUCUUCAGAAUGGAGAGCUCAACUCUCUCCAUCUGUGUGAAGCUCCCGGGGCGUUCAUAGCCAGCCUCAACCACUUCCUCAGGUCUCACUGUAUCCCUUGCGACUGGAACUGGGUCGCCAAUACGUUGAACCCGUACCAUGAAGCCAACGAUACCCUCACGAUGAUUAUGGACGACAGGCUUAUAGCCAACACCUUGCCCUGGUGGUAUUUUGGCCCAGAUAACACUGGGGACAUCAUGACACAGGGGCAUCUUACAGGGUUGCAACGCUUCAUAAGCAACAUGGCUGCCGUUCACCUGGUCACUGCCGACGGGAGCUUUGAUUGCCAAGGAAAUCCCGGCGAACAAGAAGCAAUCGUUUCCUCCUUACACUACUGUGAGGCCGUCACUGCUUUAAUGACUCUCGGCCUCGGGGGCUCCUUCGUCCUGAAGAUGUUUACUUUGUUCGAACACUGUUCUGUCAAUUUGCUGUUUCUCCUGAACUGUGCGUUUGAAGAGGUCCACGUUUUUAAACCAGCCACCAGCAAAGCCGGGAACUCCGAAGUCUACGUCAUUUGCCUUCGCUAUCUUGGCAGGGAGGCCAUCCAUUCGCUCCUGUCCAAGAUGAUGCAGAACUUUGGGACAGAAAUGGUCAAGAAGGCCCUCUUCCCACAGCACUUAAUUCCAGAAUCUUUCAUCAAGGUCCACGAAGACUGCUGCUCCUUCUUUCACAGGCAUCAGGUUGAGACCAUUUCGGAGAACCUGCGGCUGUUUGAGGGCAUGGGUGAGGCAGAGCAGGCGAGGCUAAAUCUGCUGAGAGACUGCGCCGUCGACUUCUUCUUGAAGAGGUUCCAGAUGAAACCCCUUGCCAGAAAUAACUGGAUAGUGAAGAGGCCUCGUGCUGGCUGCAGCAUGAACGCCAAAUGGUGCGGACAGAGGAACAAAUAUUUUUGCACAUACAACGAAAGAAAGCGUCUGGAAUCGCUGUCGUGGGAAGACAAAGUGGCCAAUGGCUGUCUCAACGAAUGGGCCGAGGAACACUCCCUCGCUAACGCUGGGAAAAGCUGCGUUUUGGAAGGGGCACCGUGUGACUUGGAAUGUCACUUAUGGUAUAUUUUGACAGGCCCGAGGCUGCCAGACGUAAAAUGUUCUCCCUUCUGUGGCGGGGAGGUUCUAAAAACCCUCAACGAGGCGCUCGAGAAGUCUUUCAUCAGCCGAACGAGUCUUAAUUCCCUCUUGAGAUGGACUCCACCAGAGUGCCAGUCUUGCGUUCUCGCGCAGUCCUCGGUGCUGUCUGAACUGUUGCGCCUGACGGGGUCUCCCGAAGAGGCUCCAGAUGAGAACUCCCUCGGCCGAACCAAGUGUUUGGUUGUGGGCUCCCCAGAGCUUUGCGAUGCUGACAGCCAGUGUGUCUUGGACGUUGAAUGUCUCGAGGGGGCGUCGCUCUUGAAUUUCAGCUGCUCGCCGGUCCAUGACGGGGAGCCAAAAUACCAGCACCUGUUCUUGGAAUGCCUUCUGCAGUCACUCCCCCAGCUUCAGAAGGGAGAUGCUCUGGUUUUGCCAAUUCUGUCCUGUUUCACCCGCUUCAUGGCAGGGUUGGUGUUUAUACUGCACAGCUGCUUCCAGCGCAUCUCAUUUGUUUGCCCCACGUCGUCACGGCCUUUAAGGACCAGCGCCGUUCUCUUGUGCGCUGGCUACCAAGGUCUCCCGGACCCAGUUUUCCAGUACCUGCAGCAUACGCAUCAGCACAUGAACUCCUUGCUAGACUCAGACCCUCCACAGCAGAUCUUGGAAUUUUUGCCCAUGGAAAAUCUUCUGAAAGGGUUGCUGUUGGAAUUCCUCUGGGACCUGAACGCUGCAAUUGCCAAGAGGCAGUUGCAUUUGAUUAUCCAAGCUGAGCAGCAGCAGAUGGAUUGACCUUUAGCUUGAAAGCUCCAGGUUGAAAACUGCCUCUUCGUUUUAAAAAAUAUAUAUUUUAAACUGUAAACAGUGGUGGCGAA